CUCGCUCGCUCCCCUGCUUGGUUCUCUCUGGGCUGGACCGUGGCGGAGGAGGGCAUUGCCGCCUCUCGGUGCACGUUGGGUUGAGCAGCGCAACUUUCCCGAACCUUUUGCAACCGCGCGCCCACAAGCGGACGGCAGGGCAGCCAAACUCUUCUUGAGUUCACCUGGAGAUGCCCUGUAUCCAAACCCAAUAUGGGACCUUGCUUCAGAGCGGAGGACCCUGUGACCGCCACCCAGCAGACCUCUUGACUCCUGAGCUUGGCAAAACCACCAUGGACCUGGUUAAUACCGAGAUCACGGCUGCCACUGCCUCCCUGCCCAGCUUCAGCACCUUCAUGGACAAUUACGCGGGUGAAUUCGACGCUUUCCUCUACCAGAUCCCGGCUGCGAACCCUGCGACCGCCACCUCCGCCUCCUUCAAGCUGGAGGACUUCCAAGUGUACGGCUGUUACCCCGGCCCUUUCAGCAGCCAGCUGGACGAGACCAUGUCCUCGAGCGGCUCGGACUAUUACGGCAGCCCGUGCUCGGUCCCUUCCCCUUCCACGCCAAGCUUCCAGACUUCUCAGGGCCCAUCUUGGGAGAACUCCUUUGGGGCCUAUUCGCCCACUCACACCUAUGAGGGUAUGAGGCCCUGGGUGGCGGCAGCGGCAGCAGCAACAGAGCCCCCCAAAAGCGGCUCCACCCAACCGUCCUAUUUCUCCUUCGGCCCCUCGGCUCACAGCCCUGGGGUCCCUCCACAGAGCCCCUUGAAGAUGCCGCCAGCUGCCCACCAACACCUGGUGGAUGGAGAUGUCUUCUCGCUCCCGCAGAGCUCCCCUUCUGUGGGUUUUUCCCCUUUGCCGCUUGGCCAGGCCUCGCCCGUCCUGGACGGCGCCGGCUUGAUGGACAAUCCCCUCUCUCCGACCAAGGCACGCAGCCCCGGAUCCAAUGAGGGGCGCUGUGCCGUGUGUGGGGACAACGCUUCAUGCCAACACUACGGGGUCCGAACCUGUGAAGGCUGCAAGGGGUUUUUCAAGCGCACAGUACAGAAGAAUGCCAAAUACAUCUGCUUAGCCAACAAAGACUGCCCUGUGGACAAGCGGCGGAGAAACCGGUGCCAGUUCUGUCGUUUCCAGAAGUGCCUUGCUGUGGGAAUGGUGAAAGAAGUUGUGCGGACAGACAGUUUGAAAGGCCGGCGUGGUCGGCUGCCCUCCAAACCCAAGCAAGCUCAAGAUGCUUCUCCGGUCAGCCUCAUCUCCUCUCUCGUGAGAGCACACAUAGAUUCCAUACCCAGCGCCACGAAGCUCGACUAUUCCAAGUUCCAGGAAACUGUCUCCUACCAAUUUGAGAAGGAGGACUGUGUAGACGUGCAACAGUUCUAUGACCUGUUAACAGGCUCAAUGGACGUGAUCCGGAAAUGGGCAGAGAAGAUCCAAGGCUUCCUAGAGCUUCCAAAAGAGGAUCAAGACCUGCUUUUGGAAUCUGCUUUUCUGGAACUCUUCAUUCUUCGGCUAGCAUACAGGUCCAAGCCAGAAGAAGGCAAGCUGAUCUUCUGCAAUGGUGUGGUGCUGCAUCGCAUGCAGUGUGUCCGAGGCUUUGGGGAAUGGAUAGACUCCAUUAUCGAGUUCUCCCAGAGCCUCCAUCGCAUGAACAUUGAUGUGCCCUCCUUCUCCUGUCUUGCGGCACUUGUCAUAAUCACAGACCGCCAUGGGCUAAAGGAGCCAAAGAAGGUUGAAGAUCUCCAGAACCGCAUUGUCAGCUGCCUUAAAGACCACGUGACUUCCACCACCAAUGAGCAGGUGCAUCCCAACUGCCUCUCGAAGCUGCUGGGCAAACUCCCGGAACUGCGCACCUUGUGCACCCAAGGCCUGCAGCGCAUCUUCUACCUGAAGCUGGAGGAUCUGGUGCCACCGCCCCCCAUUGUGGAUAAAAUCUUCAUGGACACGCUGCCUUUCUGAGGACCCGACGUGGGGAAGCUGCCAUGAACAUGUGGUGCUUUCUUUUGGGGAGGGCGUCCCUUUUUUGUUUGUUUUUGUAUUUUGGUUUGUGUUUCUCCCCCGGAUGGAGAGCAACCGGCAGAGGAAACUCCCUGCCACCCGUCAUCUGGAGGGGAGAUGCCAGGAACAUUUCCAGACUCAUUUAGAGGGGUGCUGAAGUCCAGCGGUUGGAAACUGAAGACCACGAACACCAGAUGCCCCCUCUUUUCUCCCCCCACCCGUCCCCACUUUAGACAUUACUGGGACAUUAAGAACCACCAUGUAAUUCUCUCCGAACUUGGGAGGAAGUCUUGGGUUUUUAUUUUUGGAACCCUGUUGGGGGAAAUCCCAGUGUGCCUUCUAGGGUUACAUGCACAAUAUCCCUAAAUGAUGCUGCCUUUUUCCACGGCCUGCUAACGGCUCUGCGUGCAAUCCAGCACCCUAAAUUCCAUACAGUUGCACAGAUCCGCUUUCUGUAAUAUGUGUGGAAUAAGCUCAGUUGGUGUUUGUUAUUUUAUUUUAUUUUUUUUUUACAAUCAAUUAGGGGCUUGGAAUUAAAAAAAAGAGGUACCUUCUCUUUCUUUUUUAAUCCAUGUUGUCGGUCCUGGAUCAGCCCUGGCUUGAGAGUUCACUCCCAGAUAUGGGAACUGGAAUUUCCCAAGCUCUGCACAUAGAAGCCGCUAGCAUUCUGCACUUGGUGCAGCCGGCAAGGGGCGGAGGGACAGUUUUGCCGUAAAUAAGCAGGCAUCCGUCAGACAGCUUGCUCCCAGCCUGCUGCUUUGUCAGUGGCAGUCGAGUUUUGUUGGGUGUUUUGUUUUUGUAAAAGUUGUAUAUAAGAAGAACAGCAUGUUGGCUUUGUAAAUACAGAUGGAUGGAUGGAUGGAUGGAUGGAUGGAUGGCAGAGGGGAGAAAUGGGGGCUCUUUUGUUUGAGCCAUUGACGAUUGUGCAUCGCCCUAUACCUGCAGGACACCUUCUGCCUUUCUGUGUACAUAACUUUGUAUUGUAAAGUCUACCAAUUUUUUUUGACAUUUAUAUUUGUCUAUCCCUGCUUUCCAAUUUCCAGUAUGUGACUUUUUUCCAAUUAUUAAUAUAUAUAUAUUUAAUAUAUUGAAUAAAAAAAAUACCCUGAGUAGAUGUAAAUCUAAUCCCGUUUGCUUAUGUGCUUGUUCCUGAGACUUGCUUACAUGCUGAGCAGUUCGAAGCCAGAGUUCCUUUUAUAAGGAUCACGAUCCGGUCUGUUUCUGUGGUGCUGCCCUAGGUUGUGUUGCUAAGUAGGCUGCCUU